GAUUAAAUCCAGAUCCUUUGUUGUUCAUAUCGGUGAUUAUGAUUGGUGUCACGAUUGCUCUGAUACCACUUUGCCAUGAGCUCUGGAUGCUAGCCGUCGUCCUCGCCAUUAUGGGCAUAUUCAUGGGUAUCAUUGAUACAGUCGCCAAUGUCUCUCUUCUAAAAAUCUACGGAAAAUUGGUUUCUCCGUUUCUACAGGCCUUACAUUUCUGCUACGGUCUUGGUGCAUUUGUCAGCCCAAUAGUUGCUGAGCCUUUUCUACUAAAUGAAGAUUGUACAGCGUUCAUCGAAAACGAGACAAAAAAUGCUUCUGACAGAACAGUAAGGCAAGCAGAGGAAAUAUUGGUUACAGAGGCAUAUGGGGUGACGGAAGCGCCAAACACCACGAUAGCAACGUUAGAAGAGGCACAGCAUAAAACACAUGUGCGAUAUGCAUUCUGGAUCAUGGCUGUUAUUCAGGUACAGUAA